GUUUGUUGCGGCCGCAAAAAGAGAAGGAAGAAAAGAAAGCGAGGAAGAAGAAUGAUGACGAGUGCUGUCACAGUGUGCGUUGUUGCUGUGCGUUGUCGUCGUGGGUGGUGGUGGAUGUAUGUGGAUGUGCUUCCCUGCGUCAUCCACGAAGAGCGAGCACUUUUACCUCCGAUGACUGCUGGCAUGACUGUAUCCUCUCUCGCAUUUCGGUUCAAGACAGAAACGCGCACACGCAACUCACCUUGUUGCUCCUCCUCUGUUUUUUUCCGCACACAUUCGUAUUGUCACGGGCAGCCGCAACCCAAACAGCGCUUGACCACUGUCGACGACGUCGCACCUUUCAAGGAGAAGAGCAACAACAACAACAACAACAACAACAAAGAUGGCUCUGCGAAUGGCACUUCGGGCUGCACAGCGUGGUGUGCGCGGCGUUGCCCGCCCCAUGGCAGCCACAACGCUCAAGCAGCAGGCAGCUGCUCCGCUUGCGGUGCAGGCAGCCAAGCUGCACGCAGCCUCUGCAGUGCACACGCCCAUGGUCACCAAGCCCGCCCCUGUCUUCACGGGCCCCGCCCUUGUCAACGGCACUGAGUUCAAGGACAUCUCCCUCACCGACUACAAGGGCAAGUACGUUGUCCUCGUCUUCUAUCCCCUUGACUGGACGUUUGUGUGCCCAACGGAGAUUCUGGCAUUCAACGAUCGUGCAGAGGAGUUCCAGAAGCUUGGCUGUGAAGUGAUUGUCGCCUCCACAGACAGCCACUUCUCCCACCACGCCUGGGCCAACACCCCGCGCUCAGAGGGCGGGCUCGCGCCCAUGAAGAUCCCAAUGCUUGCUGACCUGACGCACCAGAUCAGCAAAGACUACGGCGUGUAUGUCGACUCUGACGGCUUUGACCUCCGCGGGCUGUUCAUCAUCGAUGGUAACGGCAUCCUGCGCCACAUCACCGUCAACGACCGCCCCGUCGGCCGCUCUGUUGACGAGACGCUGCGCCUGGUGGAGGCCUUCCAGUUCACGGACAAGCACGGCGAGGUGUGCCCUGCCGGCUGGACCCCUGGCGGUGACACCAUCAAGCCCGACGUCGAGGAGAAGAAGGAGUACUUCUCCAAGCACAGCAACUGAGCAGCCGCGCCGCGACUGGGCAGCGGUGUGGUGUGGCGUGACUGAGCGAAGUGUAUCACGCGCCAUCAUGUGAUGUGAUGUCACGCUGCCUCACCCUCCUCUGAUCGCCUUUCGUUUGCCAUCGCCACAGCCGCUUUGUGCUGUUGCUGAUCUGUUUGUUUCGUAUCACCGUCUCCAGUCCCCCUCCCCCCUCCUCUCCGAGCACGCUGCAUUCAACUUCCCCUAUCCCCUUCUCACUGUGCGCUGCUUGCGUGCGUUGCAUGCACGGUUGCGGUUGUGCUGGUUGGUUGUACUGGCACCAACGAAUGAAUGGGAAAGCCUACACUGUGAACGCAAACAAAACACAACACGUAAUUUCAAGC